CCAUCUGAAACAAAAGCUAACGGUUAACAAGUCCUGGUUGAAAGGGUCAACCCAGCAGUCCAACCGCAGUUUGCUUUGCGGAAGAAGGGGUCCAGUCUGAAAAAGAGCUCUAUCCUUCAGCUGCUGACUUCAGCAUUUUGUCACAGCAGCCUGGAGAGCAUGGCUAACACUGCCCACAAAGGGAAAUAGGAGCCAAGGUCACCUUGCAGCAUUGUCUCAGGACACUAGUGAGUUUUGGAAAUAGUGAGUUUUGAAAUUGGGCUCCUCUUAGCUUGGGCUUGAUGGGAGUGUGUAAAGAGACAAAUAGCUGCCCCUAGGAAACUUCUGUUAAAACAUCGGUUUUAAAUCCUCUUGAUCAUGUAAGAAGGAAUCGUUUGCACAAGAUGCUCAUGCACAAUCAAGUCCACACCAAGCUAUUUCCUAAUUUAGCCACUCAAAGCAGAUAGAGUCAUUUAUAUAUUUUCAGAGCAGAAGAGACCUUUGUCAUAAUGACUCCCUGAGAACUGCACUAAAUAAUUCCAGCUUAGCUAAAGAACAUGCUUUCAGAAGUCACCCAACAGGUGGGAGUAGAACAUUAGAGCGGUGCUGGUAUCAAGGGGGAGUGAUAAAUGGGAACCAAAAAUGGCACUUCUCAGAAGCAGGGCAACUGAAGAUAGGAGAGGGACUUUCAGCAUAUACCAACACCCAGGGCUAUUCCUUAUCAUAUGCUUGAAUCACAAGCUCAACAGGACAAUCCCUGUAAUCCUCUGAAUUAUGUGGGUACACUGCACCUGCUCAUCAGUUAAGCAAUAAACAUGGCAAGUUAUAAUGGUGGGACUGGUAUUUGUAUAUCAAGAUACCCAGCAAGCAAAAAGGCAGAAGUGAAAAAGUCAUUUAACACUUGAUGCUCUGCCACAGAAGUCAGCUGGAUCUCCAGAAUGUCCUGUGAGUCUUGAGAACAUUUAUAUAAACUCAGCCAUUGCUCUUCUCUACUGGAUGGAGGGUUGCACAAAGACUAACAAGGCUGCCAAGGCAGCUUUCUCUCAGCCUCAAGCAGCUUUCUCUCAGCCCAAAGCCUUCGUAAGGGGCUGCGAGCAGCUCAACUUCGCCACAGCCAGAGCUCUGAGUAGGCUUUGCCAUCUUCCAACAGCAGCACCUUCUCCUGAACCAGGCAGAGCCCAACGUGCCUCUUCCUCUUAGGUACUCCAUCUCUUCCUUCUCUAAAUCCGAUAGGAAAAGCAUGACUUAUUUUUGGCCCUUUCUCAUUCUCCCCUUUUCUUUUUCCAUAGCUUACUUUUCUUCUCCAUGCUGGCAGAACUUCUAUCCCUUCAUUUUACUCACCUUCUCCCUUCUGCUUCCCUCCCUUUCCCCCUCCCCCUGCUUUCUCUCCCUCUGCACUUUGUGAACUGCUGCUGCAGUGCUGAAGUCCAAAGUUCAGUAACUUGCUAAGCACACAGAUAAAUAUGAACCUUGGAGAAUUUACAUUGCUCCAAUGUAAACAGAUAGCCAAGGGUCCCUUUAUCAGCACUGGCUCAGGACAGUCGUGGGGGGUCUGAAGUGGCUCAAUUUUGUAUUUUGUGUUUUUUUUUUUUGGGGGGGGCGUAAAGACGGGAGGCUGUGCUGUGCCCACUCUGCUGACAGUCGGGCGCGUUACCUCAGGAACAUGGUGUAGGGAAGCUGGAAGCGGGAUAACCUGGAAUUCAGAUCCAAGGGACACCAGCCUGAAGACCAUGGUCUCGAAGCUCAGUCAUCUUCAAGUGGAGCUGCUGGGAGCGCUGCUGGAGUCGGGGCUAACCAAGGAGACCCUGAUUAAGGCACUGAGCGAAGUGGAACCCUACAUGCUCCAGAGUGAAAGUCAGCGCGCCAUCAAUGCCCUCCAGACAGAGAAAGGGGAAUCUUGUCCCGAAAUCCCUAAUCUCCCCAAUGGAAUGGGGGAAUCCAGGUUAUCGGAAGAUGAAACCUCUGAUGACGGGGAGGAAUUUACCCCUCCGAUAAUGAAGGAGCUGGAAAACUUGAGCCCUGAGGAGGCUGCUCACCAGAAGGCUGUGGUGGAAAGACUAUUACAAGAGGAUCCCUGGCGGGUAGCGAAGAUGGUGAAAUCCUACCUCCAGCAGCACAACAUCCCUCAGCGCGAGGUGGUGGACACUACUGGUCUGAACCAAUCUCACCUCUCACAGCACCUCAACAAGGGCACUCCCAUGAAGACCCAAAAAAGGGCAGCCCUCUACACCUGGUACGUCCGCAAGCAGCGAGAGGUGGCCCAGCAAUUCACACAUGCUGGCCAGGGUAUCUUGACAGAGGAGCCCAUGGGAGACGAUCUGCCCACCAAGAAGGGACGAAGAAACCGCUUUAAGUGGGGCCCUGCCUCACAACAGAUCCUGUUCCAAGCCUACGAGAGACAGAAAAACCCCAGCAAAGAAGAGAGAGAGGCACUGGUGGAAGAGUGCAACAGAGCAGAGUGUAUUCAGAGAGGAGUUUCCCCAUCCCAGGCCCAGGGCCUGGGCUCAAACCUGGUGACUGAGGUGCGAGUUUACAACUGGUUUGCCAAUCGCAGGAAGGAGGAGGCUUUCCGGCACAAGCUGGCCAUGGACACCUUCAGCGGGCCACAGCCCACCUCUGCUCCCCCUCUAACUCCUCACAACUCAUCCUCCCUCCAGCCACCAUCCGCUCUCUCACCCAGCAAAGUUCAUGGAGUGAGGUACAACCAACAGCCAGCCAGCGAGGCCGAGUCCUCCAGCAGCAACCACCACGGGAACAACUCCAUGGUGACCACCCAAACCAUCCUGCACCAGGUUUCUCCCCCUGGGCUGGAGCCCAGCCAGAACUUACUGAGCACAGACACUAAGCUGAUCUCGGCUUCUGGAGGAACUCUCCCCCCUGUCAGCACCCUGACCGCCUUGCAUAGCCUGGAGCAAAAUCCACACGCACUGAGCCAGCAAACUCAGAACCUGAUCAUGGCAUCACUGCCCGGUGUUAUGGCAAUUGGAGCUGGUGAGACCUCAUCCCUAGCACCAGCGUUCACCAACACAGGUGCCUCCACCCUCGUGAUAGGCCUGACUUCAACCCAGCCCCAGAGCGUUCCCGUGAUAAACAGCAUGGGGAGCAGCCUCACCACCCUGCAGCCUGUCCAGUUCUCCCAGCAGCUGCACCCGUCCUACCAGCAACCCCUCAUGCAGCAGGUCCAGAGCCACAUAAACCAGAGCCCCUUCAUGGCUACCAUGGCCCAGAUACAGAACCCUCACGCUCUCUACGGCCCCAAGUCCGAGGUGGCCCAGUACACACAUACAGGCCUCUUACCACAAACCAUGGUGAUAACAGACACCGCCAACCUCAGCGCCCUGACUAACCUGACACCAACUAAACAGGCGUUCACAUCUGACUCAGAAACCCACACAGAGUCUGGGAUGCACACACCGGUAUCACAGGCACCGACGAUACAUUUACAGAACCAAGACACAACCAUCCAGCACCUUCAACCCGGCCCUCGCCUCACCUCAAGCCCUGCUGUGUCCUCCAGCAGCCUGGUGCUGUACCAGAGCUCUGACUCCACCAACAGCCACAGUCAGCUGCUGCCAGCCUCUCACAAUGUCAUCGAGACCUUCAUCUCCACGCAGAUGGCCUCCUCCACUCAGUAACCGACAACCAGCUCACGGGGGACUGCCGUGACCAACACGCAAGGUGCAACUCCAACUGCGUUUGCCAUCUGUCACCACUGCCUUCCACAGGAAGACAAGGCUGCGGUCCGCCGACCUCCAGCCCCCACGCCUCACACAAACCCCUCAUUCGGCUGCCUCCAGGGGAGAAGGCAGCGCAGGCUCAGAGCAGGAGCUAUGGAACAAUGAUGCUGGCACUGCUAGAACCCACUGCCCCCCCACCAAACCCCACCCCACAAGCCAGCCUAGAACGACCAGACAUCUCGUGGCUGCCGAAGGAGUCCUAUUAAGAUAGGGAUCUGACUGGGAUACGGCAAAAACACCGGGGCGUGGAUGGGACUUUCAUCCUGCUCAGCCUUCACGAGGCUAGGCCUGUACAAGCCUGCCAACACCAAACCAAGCCACACAGAAAAGAGCAAAACUGAGCUGCCAAAAAAGGAACACCACCUUUAGAACACUCACCUCCUGUGCUGUAAAGAAACACAGGUGGGAAUUAACGAGAAAUUGCUUAAUCUUGGAGGCAAGAGUGAGAACCUGGCUUCUGACUUUGCAAUGAAAAUCACCCAGAAACUGAAUCGGGAAUGGCUGGGCAAGAGCCUGUCAGUACAAGCUGUGGUCACAACCCGUGACUACAAGCCACAAAUCCUUUAGUUAACUACAAAUCCCAAGCAGUCCCAGCUCAAAAUGACCUAUUCUAAAAUCAUACUAUCCCAGUACAAAUGGCUUGGUUAUUUUUUGAUAUAGCUCUGCUUUGUUUUAAAUGCAGAAAUUAAAGUUUAACAGCAACAAGGAGAUUCCAGCUCUCUACGUUAACCACAUGGACAUCUUGCAUGUCUUGCUCAACAACCACGGGGGCGUCGUUCUCCACAGGUCCCUGACAAUGUACAACAUCUGGGGGGGGUUCCCAUGCUCCACAAGCAGCAGUAGUUCUUUCAGUUGUUCUCUAUAAAGAUGCCAACUUGGAUCAAUUUUACAAAAUUGUUCUUUCUUAGCUUCCUUGUAGGCUAGAUUCUAUAGAUCUUGAUAGGUAAACAAUUUCCCUGGAGUCUAAGAGUCUUGCUUGCACUAAGUGGAGGCUUUUAGCCCUAAAGAUCUGCUUAUAUAAAUAAUUAGAAGAGGAAUUACAUCGUCUGUAUUUACUCUGAACCUUUACAUCACUGAUACGUCAUUAGCCAGACAUGAGAAAAGCCCCAAUCAACACGCUCCUGCUACUGUGACAGGAACAGAGCUAUCCCUUCUGCUGUGAAAGGGACAAAACUCCUUGACAAUAAAAUAUGCCCAAGACUAAUAACAGAUUAAUAUAUAAGGAAGAAUUAAAAAAAAAGAAAAUGCCCAGUGGUGAACUCUUCAGAUAUCAUAUCUGGAAAUGUCAAUAUUGCAGAUGUCCAUUAGAGUUUCUACUGACAAGAGCUUCCUCUUGAUACUGUCAAGCAUCAGAAAUUAAUGUCAGUAAUUACAUUCCCUGAGGAACUUUAUCCUAGAAUGGCUUCCUAGUCUCCUAUGUGCAUUACUUGCACAUACAUUGAGUCAGAAAAAAAAAAAGUCAUCAUAAAACAAGGCAAAAAUAAUGUUUAGACCACUAUAUAUUUGAAAUCCCAAGGUGCUAGCUUCGGUAUACUGAAAUUUUAACUGGCUAUAAUUUUUUUGUCACAUUCAUUUUGUUUACAAGCCCAUUUUCUACUCAGUCUCUCCAUUUUUUGGAUGCCAACUGUGUUUUCUUGAGUGAAAUACAGCAAGGAUUUUACAGU